AUGUGCCUUGUGCAGGUUUUACGUUUGCAGAAAGUCGAUGCACAUGUCAACACUAUCCAUGAACUCUCAGUUGUAAUGUCAAUUGAUUUCUCUAAGAAAGUCAAUGAAGUCCACUCAAGCUUGAGUGAUCACUCUUCUGCUCAUUCUAAGAACUCUCAGGUCCUGGCUCUUAAAGGAUCUUAUCAUGGUGAUAAUUUGGGUGCUAUGGAAGCACAAGCACCAUCAUCUUAUACUGGCUUCCUCCAACGACCAUGGUAG